AUGGGUGGAUUGAGCUCAUGCGUUGCUAGCCUGGUCAAAUACGAAGAUGCUGAAGGUGACUCCGUUAGAUGGAUUGGAUGGAUGGGGUUUCUCUCAAAGAAAGAACGAGCUCCAGCAAAAAGAGCACACUUUGUUCUGUGCGGAGUCUACAGGAGGAUGCACAAGGCUUCGCUCGAGACUCUUCGACCACCGGAGACCCCCGGAUCCAUCGACCGAACGAUCGACCAGGCGGAAGCCCUGAAGACAGAGCUGCCGGGGAGCUCAACCGGGGCAGAGCGGGCCUGGGGCCGUCGCCGCCACUCUUCGGCACCUCGGCUGCGCGCGGCCAGGCUUCAGGUGAAAGUCUCCAGUGGUGCCACCUUUGAGGAGGAGGAAGCCUCCUUCAUCCAGGCGAAUGCACAGGCUUCGGAUCUCGGCGCGAUCUCGGCGGAUGCAGAAGAAGAUGGGACGAUUGGCUUCUUAGGAUGGUUUUCGGAGGCGUCUGUGGUGAUUGAUGACAUGGCGGACUUCCCCACAAUGUUCGUGAGCGCCUUAGGUGACUUCAUUCCAAGAGAAUCAUCAGCGAACAUCAGCAUGUUGUCACGAGUCUUGGAGCAAUGGAGGAAGGCUCCACAGCAAGGAACCUGGAUUCUCUCACAGCUGGCGAAGGCCAAAGAGCUGCAGCUGUGUCAUCACGUGCUGCAGGCGAUGCAGGAAAAUCACUUGGAGGUGAGCACAGUGCACUUCAACUGUGUGCUGAGUGCUUGCGCACGAAAGCGUCAAUGGGCUCCAGCCUUGAUGUUGCUGACAGAGAUGGAGGAGAUCCAGGUUGCUUACGACACGAUCUCCUUCAGCAGCGCCAUCAAUGCAUGUGGCGCCAUCUGGCAGCUGGCGCUGGCGCUUUUGGAGAAGAUGGAAGACCAGCAGGUCCAGUUGGAUACGAUCGCCCUGAACUCUUUGGUCAGCAGCUGCGAGAAGCAGGGCCGAUGGAAUGUCGCCCUAGAUUUGAUGUCCAACAUGCAAGCAUCAGAGGUUCAGCAAGAUACAAUCACGUACAACGCCUGCAUCAGUGCAUGCGGAAAGGCAGCCCACUGGCUCGAAGCGCUGGCACUGCAACGUCGCAUGCGAGGCCAGGCGCUGAGGGUGGACAGCAUCUCCUGCAGUGCGGCCAUCAGUGCAUGCGCGGCUUCAGGUGCACCUGGCCGGCAUUGGUUCAUCAUCCUCGGCCUUUUGGACGAGAUGCAGGAGCUCUUAGUGUCGAAGGACUCGGUGACCUACACUGCUGCCUUGCAGGGCAUGGGUGAGGAGCGGUGGCAAACCGCUUUGGCAUUGUUUCAGCAGAUGACCGACGAGUCCAUCAAGAAGGAUUUGGUGGCCUACAAUGCGGCCAUGUCCGCGUGUGGCGGUGCCUGGCCACACGCUCUGGCGCUACUCCAAUCGGUGCCACAUGAGCUGGGCGCUGAUGCCGUGAGCUUUGGGUCGGUGAUCAGCGCAUGUGAGAAGAGCGGUGAGUGGCAGGCAGCUGUCCUCCUGCUGCAAAGAAUGUUUGUUGCCUCUGUACAGCUCACAGCAGUUGCGCUGGCCGCUGCACUCAGUGCAUGCGCAAGGUGUGCUCAAUGGGUUUUGGCCCUGACAAUCUUGGAAGCACAGAAGACCGUGGAGCUGGAUGUGGUGGUGUACAAUGCCGCGAUCGCUGCUUGUGAGAAGGGGAGUGCAUGGGAAGCGGCAAUGGCUUUGCUGGGAAGGUGCUUGUGCGAAGCCACGGCGAUGGAGGGAAGCGCUGGAACUCUUGCGGAUGGUGCCAUGGGAGACAUCAGCUUGCGGUGCAGCCAUGAUUGGGCCAGGACGUUGCACUUGUACCAGGAGAUGACUUUGGCCUUGGUCCACAAGGACGGGGAUGCCGACAUCUAUGCUACAGUCACGGCUGCCAGCUUCAGCGCGGUGAAGCCAGGGCUGCUGCGUGAAGCUCUGGUUGAGUUGGAGGAUUUGUGGAGCUUUGACAAGACCUCCAUCCGGAUUGACGAUCAGAGGGAAGCAGACUACAACUCUCGCUUGCUCCAAGGUUGGCUAGAUGCCUUGGCUAUCCUGUCAUUCCCGAGCUUUCCACUGGACGUCUACGCCUGUGGAGCCGUGGUCCGCGCUUGCGCGCAGAACGGAGAAUGGCCAGCAGCUUUGGGCGCGAUCCGGCUCGCGCAAGAGGCCAAUGUGGUGGUUUGCAACACUGCCAUCAGCGCUUGUGCCAAAGGGCACCACUGGCAAGGGGCCUUGGCGCUGUUUCACGACUUGGCGCAACAGGACAUCCAGGAUUGGAAGCUGAAAGAACAGCUGACUGAAAAGAGCAGCUUUGAGGACUGGUCAGGCGGAUGUUGUCUCAUAUGGCAGCCUGAUCAGUGCUUGUGCACAAGUUCGGAAUUGGCAGCUAGCGAUGGCAGCACAUUGGCUGCAGCGGUGCGCCUGAUGCAGCAGCAGGAGGUUCCAGCCAACGAGAUGACUUGCAGUGCAGCCAUCAGCGCUUGCGAAGAUAGCUCGUGGCGCUGGGCAUUAGAGCUUUUUGAGGAGAUGCUGAUGGAGAGAUUGGAAGUGGUAAGCACAGCACUCAUGACAGCCUUGAGCUUUGGCAAUCACUGGGAACAUUGUCUUCACAUUGCCGCAGACCUCGGUGAAAAAGUGACCCAAACCACGAGCAACGCCUUGGCGACCUGCUUGCAACGUUCAGCCCAGUGGGCCUGGGUGCUGUCUUUGCUGGAACAGAUGGAGACUGGAAGAGGUUUGGCAAAGCGCUGCACUGCGGACUCCAUCACUUACGCUGCCGCCAUUGCAGCAUAUGGUGCUGGCGGUCACUGGCCACAAGCUUUACGCCUGCUGUGGGUGGCUCCUGCACCCAACGCCAUUCUGCUCAAUGUGGCCAUCGCUGCGUGUGGAGAGAACAUGCAGUGGCACUGGUCUCUCCAAUUGCUGGCUGGCAUCACACCUGACCUCAUUUCCUACAAUUCAGCCAUGACUGCGUGUGGUGCAGCCUCGCAGUGGCAGCGCGCUUUGGUUGUGUUCGAGUCAAUGAAGGCAAUGGAUGUUCCUCCAGACUUAGUGACCUUCAAUGCUCUCGUCACCGCCUUGGGCACCGGGCGCCAGUGGCGUUUGGCCCUCUCCGUGCUUUCUGCUGCGGCGCUUCGGCAGGUGCGGCCUGGCACAGUGACCUACAACGCGGCGAUUGCAGCGAUGGAGCCCUGGAGGCCGAGCUUGGCCCUCCUGUCCUCCGCAGCUUCAUCCAUGGUGCGGGUGGAUGAAGUGGGGAUGGCAGCAGCGAUGAGUGUUUGCGAAAGAGGGCAUCUUUGGCAGCAGACCCUUGGACGAACAUAG